AUGUCGGAUUGUGAGGGCUGGAUGAUGGAAGGAGAAUGUGAACCGGCCCAAGUCGGCUUGCCCAAUCAGCAACCCAAACACCCCACGUUGGCUGCCACCACGCCUGGGAGGCAGAAGAACUUCUAUCUGGUAGAGAGAAAAGUUCGAAUCACCUUCGUAUUGUCGGUGCCUUUGCUGGUGUUGGUUCAGGGUGCGACACCUCCUGCCGUGGGCUGGGCAGCAAUAGACUCGGUCCUUUUGGGGUCUCUUCAUAACUAUAGGUUACAUUUAAAAGAUUACCCAAUAUUCUCGGAGCCAUCACCUUCUCGCGACAAUUCCACCCGACUUACACUGUUUGGUCAUGGUAUCGCAGGUUUAGGAGCAGGCCUGACAAGAGCUUGUAAAAGGUACGUGAUGGACCGGCGACCAAAGAAUAAGACAAUAAUUGCCACAACGCCGCUUUACAGUAAAGCUACAGCUGCAGCAUCAACUGGAAGCUUGGCGUUUAGAGCCAAUUUUUUCUGGAUGUUUUUAACUAUAGAGAUGAGCGAAGGAACUGCAAACUUCAUAUGCGGUGGCUUAGCGAGUUUCACCUACUGGCUUGCUGCAAUCCCGGCUGAUAAUGUCAAAAAUCGCGUUUUCGGAUCACCGCUCGACUCGUCUACUUCAGUGAGACAGGUGAUUGGUGAUAUUUACCGUACUGCUGGUAUAAGAGGUUUCUAUCGUGGAUUGGCACCAUCAAUACUUAGAGCAUUUCCAUCCAAUGCAUGUGCUUAUUUUGUAUACGAAGGUUUAUUACGGACUUUUGGUGCCGAAAAGCAGAUAGCAGGGCUCGAAUCUAAUAGGUGUUAUCAGCACUUCUAUUCCAUUCCCGACGAUAUUAUUCUUUGCCCUCAAGAACCAUGCUAUAGAUGA